AUGGACGGUCUCGACGCCAUUCUGCAAGCGCACGUCGCCGAGGGCCACGACACGACCGGCAAGCUCCUGGGCGCCGCCUUUGCAGUAGUCAACAAGCAUGGCAUCGUCUACUCGGGCGCCGCGGGACGCAUCGACUUCGACCCUGCCGCCCGCAUCUUCGCCGGCGACUCCUUCACCUGGGUCGCCUCCCUGACCAAGCUCGUCACCACGACCUGCCUCAUGCAGCUCGUCGAGCGCGGCGCCAUCGGCCUCGAUGACGACGUGCGUCCGCGUGUGCCCGAGCUGGCCAAGUUGCAGAUUCUGCGCGGGUUUGAUGCCGACGAUGCGCCGAUUCUCGAGGACAACGUCAAGCCUGUCACCCUGCGCAUGCUUCUUACCCAUACGCUUGGCCUCGGCUACGAUCUUGCCGACCCGGACCUCGUCAAGUGGUCCAAAAAGGUCGGCCGCGCUGCGAACAACCUCGAGUGGAGCAGGCAAGGCUUCUUCACGCCGCUCAAAUUCGAGCCUGGGGACGGCUGGUACUACGGCACCGCGCUCGACUGGGCCGGUUUUGUCCUUGAGCAAGUCACCGGUCAAGGCCUGGGGCAGUACAUGCAGCAACAUGUCUUGGAUCCCUUGGGACUCCACGACACUGGCUUCUGGCCGGAAAGGCUCCCCCAGACCAAGCCGCGAACCGUUGCCUUCUCGUACCGCGAUCUCGCCACCUCGACCCUCCGGCCAGGGAAGCAGCUGCCACCCGUGGAGCAUCAAGUGGAAAGCGGCGGCGCCGGCCUCUUCACCACGGCCGAUGACUAUGCGCGCUUUCUCCACGGCCUGCUCCAAGGCAAGCUCUUGAGCGAGGCGACGAUGAGGGAAAUGUUCACCCCGCAGCUCAACGAGAAGCAAAGCAACAUGUUGGAGUUUGUUUGCUACCACCUGGGCGUCCAGGACGGGUUUGCGCCCGAGUUCCCCGCCGGGCUUGCCCUCAACCACGGCAUCGGAGGCGUCAUCAACACGGAAGACGUGCCGGGCAAGAGGCGCAAGGGCAGCAUGAUGUGGAGCGGCAUGUGCAACAGCCACUGGUGGAUUGAUGGCGAGACCGGUAUUGCGGCAGUUCUGGUGGUGAAUGUUCUGGACCACGGCGAUGCAGUCGUUGUGAGCUUGUUCGACGAGCUGGAGAGGGCCGUAUACGCUCCAUCAGGGCUCCAGGGAAUGCCAUGA